ACAAACUUGCUGCAGGCGGAUUGGCGGCCCGGAGCUCUCGAGCUGGGACCUUGUAUUUAUUAAUUUAUAUUCCGCGACGCCCCGCGCGGGCCGCUCCUUUGUGUCCGGCCGCCGACGCCGGAGCUCGGGAGCCUCGGCCGGGAACGCGUCCCCCAGCGUCCGCCCGACCCCCAAGGCCGGCACGUGCUGCGCCCGGUCCGCCGAGGGGGCGGAGGCCCCGACCGAUCUCCCCGACUGCCCCCGCCCCCCCGCUCUCUGCCUGGAGGAGGAGGAGCAGCGGCAGCAGCAGCGGGAGGCGACAGCUGCCGGCUGAGGAGGAGCGGCGGAGAGGGGACUGCGGUCAGCGGCGUCCACUCGGGGCUGCGCGGCGGCCUCACGCCCGGCGAUGUUCCGGGGCGCUCCCUGAGUGGCGGCAGCGCGCCCCCCGCCCGCUUGCCCCGGCCCCCACGCCCCGGUUUCCUAGCCGGCAGGCGCGGCCCCGGCCCCGCUCUGCGUCGGCCCCGCCGCUGUGGAGGUGCGUGAGGGGGACGCGGCCGGGGAUGAACGGAUUGCGGGUGAACUCGCCGCCUGGGGGCCACGCGAGGCCGUGAGCCGCUGCUUUUCUCCGGGUCGCCGCCCUGCCCUUGGAUUUGAAAUCAUGUCCAUCCACAUCGUGGCGCUGGGGAACGAGGGGGACACGUUCCACCAGGACAGCCGGCCGUCGGGGCUCAUCCGCACUUACCUGGGGAGGAGCCCUCUGGUCUCGGGGGACGAGAGCAGCUUGCUGCUGAACGCGGCCAGCACGGUCGCGCGUCCCGUGUUCACCGAGUAUCAGGCCAGUGCGUUUGGGAAUGUCAAGCUGGUGGUCCACGACUGUCCCGUCUGGGACAUAUUUGACAGUGAUUGGUACACUUCUCGAAAUCUAAUUGGGGGUGCCGACAUCAUUGUGAUCAAAUACAACGUUAAUGACAAGUUUUCAUUCCAUGAAGUAAAGGAUAAUUAUAUUCCAGUGAUAAAAAGAGCAUUAAAUUCAGUUCCAGUAAUUAUUGCCGCUGUUGGUACCAGACAAAAUGAAGAAUUACCUUGUACAUGCCCACUAUGUACAUCAGACAGGGGGAGCUGUGUUAGUACAACCGAAGGGAUACAACUUGCCAAAGAACUAGGAGCGACCUAUCUUGAACUCCACAGCCUUGAUGACUUCUACAUAGGAAAGUAUUUUGGAGGCGUGUUGGAGUAUUUUAUGAUUCAAGCCUUAAAUCAGAAGACAAGUGAAAAAAUGAAGAAAAGAAAAAUCAGCAACUCGUUUCAUGGAAUUAGACCACCUCAACUUGAACAACCAGAAAAAAUGCCUGUCUUAAAGGCUGAAGCAUCACACUAUAACUCUGACUUAAAUAACUUGCUGUUCUGCUGCCAGUGCGUGGACGUGGUAUUUUACAACCCUGAUUUAAAAGAAGUUAUAGAGGCCCACAAGAUCGUUCUCUGCGCUGUAAGCCAUGUUUUCAUGCUGCUUUUCAAUGUGAAGAGUCCCACUGACAUUCAGGAUUCCAGUAUCAUCCGAACAACCCAGGAUCUCUUUGCUAUAAACAGAGAUACUGCAUUUCCAGGUGCUAGCCAGGAAUCUUCAGGCAACCCACCAUUACGAGUUAUUGUUAAAGACGCCCUCUUCUGUUCUUGUUUAUCAGACAUUCUUCGCUUCAUUUAUUCAGGUGCUUUUCAGUGGGAAGAAUUGGAAGAAGAUAUCAGGAAGAAGUUGAAAGAUUCUGGGGAUGUUUCAAAUGUAAUUGAGAAAGUUAAAUGCAUUUUAAAAACACCAGGAAAGAUUAAUUGCCUAAGGAAUUGCAAAACCUAUCAAGCCAGAAAACCUCUGUGGUUUUAUAACACUUCCCUCAAGUUUUUCCUUAAUAAGCCGAUGCUUGCCGACGUUGUCUUUGAAAUUCAAGGUGCAACAGUGCCAGCCCACAGGGCCAUCCUGGUGGCCCGUUGUGAAGUGAUGGCAGCCAUGUUUAAUGGUAACUACAUGGAAUCGAAGAGUGUCCUGAUUCCUGUUUAUGGUGUUUCCAAAGAGACUUUCUUGUCGUUUUUAGAAUACCUGUACACAGACUCCUGCUGCCCAGCUGGCAUCUUCCAGGCCAUGUGUCUCCUGAUCUGUGCCGAGAUGUACCAAGUGUCCAGACUGCAGCACAUCUGUGAGCUCUUCAUCAUUACCCAGCUGCAAAGCAUGCCAAGCAGGGAAUUGGCAUCCAUGAACCUUGACAUAGUUGACCUGCUCAAAAAGGCCAAGUUUCACCACUCUGAUUGCCUUUCCACCUGGCUACUUCAUUUCAUUGCUACUAACUACCUCAUCUUCAGUCAAAAGCCUGAAUUUCAGGAUCUUUCAGUGGAAGAACGCAGUUUUGUUGAAAAGCACAGAUGGCCAUCGAAUAUGUACUUGAAGCAGCUUGCGGAAUACAGGAAGUAUAUUCACUCCCGGAAAUGUCGUUGCUUAGUAAUGUAACUUGGAGCUUUUAUAUACUAUAUUUCUUUUUUAUUAUUAUGAAGAAUGGGAUACCUCCAGGUUCCAGUAAAAUUCUUCUGACUGAAACCAAUGUGGGUGUUAGAAAAAUUACCAUGUAGCUUAAUAUGUUUAUUAGUUCUCUUUGGAAAAAACUACCAUUGUGGUCUUAAAAGGGAACAAAAUAUACCAUAGGCUAAAACUAAGGCUUUCACUCUAGAAUAUAAAGCUGUUUUGCAAUUGUAUUUUCCCUUAAAGAUGUCCUCUUGCUUUAGUGAUAUUUAGGCCCAUCUCAGUUAAGAAAUGCUUAAAUUUAAAAAAAAAUUAUAUAGGAUUAAUACAGAAAUUUCAUCAUGUCUGAUUAAUUGCUCUAUUAAAAUAAGGGGCAUUUAAAGACCCAGCCUAACUAUUUGUAUAAUAAGAAUUCUAGGGGAAAACCAAUCAGUCCAACAUGAGAUUUUAGGAAUAGAAAUUUUCCUGCCAAAAGUGAAAUGCCACUUGGUUCCCAACUGGUAACAGUGUUUGAAUCACCAUAAAAAAAAAUUCUGCUUUUCACCUGGACAACCCAGCUGAGAUACUUUGUCUCCAUUUGGCAAUCUGAGUAGGCAAGGAACCUAGGCAGGCUGGCUUUCUUAGUAUGUAACUUGUGUAGCAGCACAGGGCCCCACAUGUAGAAGGACCCCACACUUGGUUCAAGGCUCUGCUAUAGCAGAAAUUCUUUUUUUUAUUAUUAUACUUUAAGUUCUGGGGUACACGAGCAGAACAUGCAAGUUUGUUACAUAGGUAUACACGUGCCAUGGUGGUUUGCUGCAUCCGUCACCCUAGCGGAAAUUCCUAAUGUUUGAAGAAGGGCCCCAUGAUUUCAUUUUUUGCUGAGCCCCCCAAAUUAUGUCUAUUUCCUGGCAGGAAAUAUCCUGUGUUUUCUUGCUCAAACAGCUUCUCUCUGAAAUCAGAAAAGAGAAGGGAAUAAAGGAAAGAGAAGGAAGCUCACUGGAGGGAAGAGAACAUAGUGAAGAUUCCCGCCUUUGGGGAGGUCUGAACCACCCAGGGCCUCCACUGCCACCUUGACUGGCAAGGGAGACAUGUGUUGUGUUGUCUUAGCUUUAAAACAGUCACAGUUCUGGCUCUAUCAUAGAUGAACAGGUACUUUCUUGAUCAUUCUGUAAGACCAGGAGGUUGGUAAGAGUGACUAACCACCCUAACUUGAAUACAUAUUUAUAAAGAUGCUCACAGAGAAAGAUGCUCUGUUGAGAAUUUGCUAUUGAAGUUGGCUCAAUAAUUUUUUUUUAGUGUUAUUUACUAAGAUUAUGACAUCAGUGGCUUAAAUUCUUUGACUUCUUUUCAAGGACUGUAGAUUAUUUGAGAAAGAGUAGCAUGAAUCUUGUCCUCUUAAGAUUACACAGUAAGUUCAAAGAAAGGAUAUAAGUCUAAGACUUGCUUAUAUAGGGGAAUGGACUGGGAUAGAGGACAGAAUGAUAGUUUCUUUCUUUCAUAUUACAUGUAUAGAGGAAUAACCAUAUCAGAAACUCACAAACCUAGAGAUGGAAAAACAGAUUAUUAUCUAUUGUCAGCAUCAUUUUCAUCUGUAAGUUAAUACUGGCAUAUAUUUUUCUUUAAUUUCCAGUGACAUUAGUAUACACACCAUUUUUCCAACUUUUCAAAAAUUUGAUUACAUAGUUUUAUAGUAUAGUAUUGGGACUCCAUCCUGUUAGCCCUUGUUUGUAUCCCAACACUGCUAAAGGAAACAUUAGGCUGGGCAUGGUGGCACAGGCCUGUAAUCCUAGCACUUUGGGAGGCUAAGGCAGGAGGAUAACCUGAGGUCAGGAGUUAGAGACCAGCCUGGCCAACAUGGUGAAACCCCAUCUCUACUAAAAAUACAAAAUUAGCCGGGUGUGGUGGCGCAUGCCUGUAGUCCCAGCUACUCGGGAAGCUGAGGUGGGAAAAUCACUUGAACCUGUGAGGCGGAGGUUGCAGUGAGCUGAGAUCGCACCAGUGCACUCCACCCUGGUGACAAGAGUGAAACUCCAUCUCGAAAACAAAAACAAAGUGAAAUAGUAAAACUUCCCUGUAAAUAUAUUCCAAGAAAUAUUUUAAUUGGGCUGUAUCAAUGAAGAUUACUGGAAUAGAUUAUGUCUUUUGUAUUUUAAUCACUUAAGUUAAUCAACCAUUAGCAAAUUCCAUUUGACAAGGAUUAGCAUUGUAAAAAACAGAUACCCUGGUAGAUUUCUAGAAAUUUAUUCACAUUUAAGACUUCUGAAAUGCAUUAAGAGCCUUUUGUUUUUCAUGAGCAUAUUCUCACCCCUAUAUGAAUUACAGCAUUUAAAGUUCAAAAUCAGUAACUUUUCAUCUAGGAAAUUGAAAAAUACAAACUGUAAAGCAAAAAGGGUAUUUUCUUGAAAAUACUAUUUAACAUUUAACUAGACUAUAGAUAGUUCUUUAAGGUUGUUUGACCUGAAGUGGAAUUGGGUUUGGAAACCAGUGCCCAGUUGGUGUGGAGCAUGUAGUUUUGUUAUGAAAGUUCUUACCACCUGUGUGAGUGACACCAAUACCCAGAUGUCACAGCUCUCCAGAGCUAAGUCAGAAGAGAAAUCAAAUUAGUGUUUAAACCCAUUUGCAUAUAGACUCGUCAGUACCUUUAACUCAAUUUAAUAUAACAAGAAAUUGUGAAAUACUUAUAACCUAUCUUAGAAAAAUGAGUGCUGGUUUUGAGAGUUUUUUUUUUUUAAUUGAAGGAUUAUUUCUAGAUGAGUAUAUGCUUUGUGCUGAUUUCUGCUUCCAUGUAUUUCCCAAUCAUUUUAAUUAGAGAAGAUACUAUAUUGUAGAACUAAGGCCUUUCCUUUCUCGGCCAAAUUCUUUAUCCUAUUUAACUCUUUGUAUACUUCUGACUACUCUGUUCAUAUUAUAGGAGACUAGAUUUGUAAUAUAGAACUUUCCAUAAUGCAAAUGAAAUUAAUUCUGUCCAAGCCAGCAUGGUGGCUUCAUACUGAGUAGUAACUGAAGUCUGAACAAUUGGAUGAAUUUGACUUCCAAGACAGCUAAACUUUUCAACUUCAAUUUUAAAAACUACACUACAUUGUUAUAGUUAAUCUGACAAAAAUGUCCUCAAAGAGUACUUUAUUUUAUUUAAAGCAUCUGUUUAAUUCAACCUUUAAUAAUUUUGCAAAAAGGGUAUGUGUGUAUUUUAAUAUAGCCUGACCUGAAUUUAUAUGUUUUUAGCUUUAGUAUUUAACUUUUUGUAAUGAAUAAACCUUUUUUAAAACAAGUUUAA